UUUUGAUUGAUCAGUCAGAUUCGCUCCUCACUACUUCACUCACUCCAAGAACAUAAGUGACUAUGAUAUGAUUAUAAUUAUUAUAUUAAAUGCUCUUUGACUCCAAUCAUGUCGAUGACGGGAAAAAAAUGUCUUGGAAGCCAGGCCAAAGCAACCAUUGCUAAGGUAUAUCACCAUAUAAAAAAAGAAAAAGAAACUGGCAUUAUAAAUCUUACAGAUGUUAUGUGGCGAACUGCACAAGCUGUCGGUUAUAGUGAAUGUAUUAUAACCAGUAUAUUAAACGAAAAACAAGAAGAUGGUGAAUGUACAUCAACAGACACGACAGAGGAAACUACAACGACACCAACAAAUGAUAUAAAUUCACAGACCAAAGAAAUAAUUGCUAGGGUAUAUCACCACAUGAAAAUAGAAGCCGAAAUUGAAAAUGUUAGAUAUCUUAAAAAUGCCAAGAGCCCUAGCAGGCGAACUGCACAAGCUGUUGGUUACAGUCAACGAACUGUAUUCAAAAUAAUAAAAGAAGAAAAACUAGCUUGUGCAGACACAUCAUUCAUGGCACAGGACAUCACAUCAAUAUUUAAGCCACCAUCCAAAAGAAAACGUAUUUGCCCAAAAUCAACGAUGGACAACUAUGACCUAUCUUUGCUCCGAAAAACGAUUAUUUCGUAUCAGACUAAAAAUCACGAAAUGCCCACAUUAAAAGAACUUAAGGAAAUUGUAUCAGAAAAAACUGGUUUCGACGGCUGUAAAGAAACCUUGCGAAAAAUUUUGUAUGAUUCAGGUUUUGAAUGGUCUACAGCAGACAAUCACAAAUUACUUGUUGAAAGGCACGAUAUUCAAAUGUUGCGAUUCAGAUAUCUUAAAGAGCUGCAAAAAUAUCGUGAUGAAGGUAGAUACAUUGUAUUUACUGACAAUUACUAUGUUGAAACAUCCACACGGAAAGAAAAGAAAAAAGAAAAUGGAACAUCUAAAGGUGUCAUAAUUAUUCAUGCUGGUGGAUGUCAAGGUUUUGUCCCGAAUGCCUGCUUAAUAUAUGAGACAGACUCUGCAAGUGAUGAUAGUUUGAAUUUCAACAACUAUAAGCAAUGGCUUACAAGUCAGCUACUGCCUAAUCUGCCAGAAAAUGCUGCCAUUGUCAUGAAUAAUGAAAAUUGUGUAUUUGAAAAUUGUCCUGAUCCUAAUUCAAGUAAAAGCUUUAUGCACGUAUGGUUGACUGAACGAAAUAUUGAGUAUGAACAAACGAUGAAUAAAGUAGAACUGUAUGAUUUAAUAUUGAAAGGCAAAGGGACAUUCAAAAGUCACACCAUUGAAGAACUAGUUAGGUCAAAGGGUUUUCAAGUUCUAAGAUUGCCUCCUCAUCACCCUGACCUAAAUCCAAUGGAACAUAUUUGGAGAGUUUUAAAAAAGGAUGUAGUUUUAAAGAAUGUAGAGCAAGAAUUGACAUCUAAUCUGAAUCUAAUAAAAGAACGCAUUGAAAUGAUUGAAUGCUCUUUGUGGGAAUAUGCAUGCCGGCAAGUUGUAGAUGCGGAACACCAAUAUAUGAAAUAUUUCGAUGAUAGACUUUAAAGGCGUGGCUCACUCCGCGAUUUCGUCGCGAACUAUAGCAAUAGUUCGUUUUUUUAGCAUUAGAAAUAAGGUAAACAAUCUUGAUGUGUCUUUUAAUUGAAAAACACAUUUUAGAAAUAAGAUACGGCAAAUAUGUAACAAGAAUGAAUCUAAUACGACCAUUUAUAUUCUUCUGCUUUCAUAAGUAAUAGUUUUUGAUUUUUAAAAACCGCUUUUCAAUUAAAAGACAUGUCUAUAUCGCUUACCUUCUUGCAACUUCUUUCUAAUGCUAAAAAAAACGAACUAUACAGGUAGCUUAAAGUACAUCUGUUCCGCCCCAAUUUUGGGGAAAGCCAUAAGCCGCGCGUGGCGCUGUCGCCACCUAGCGGCCAUAUCUGUGCUGAUCGUAACAGACGCAUUUUGUUAGAGAGCGAGUCUUCUGUACCUAGUACUAUUAUUUAUUCUGUGUUUAUUCUUAUAAGCUCCCACCGUUGCUAUAUUGCAUACAAAAUGUAUGACAAGUCAUGGGAGUUUGGGGUAAAUGUAAUUUACUAACAUAUAAUGUUUAUAUAACAUGUUAUUUUGACAACUAUUUAACUAAUCAAACCCAUUUGCCUGGUACAGUCAACAUCAAAGAUAGUUUACAAUUUUUCUCUUCUUCGUAUCUUUAAUGUCGACUGUACCUGCUGGUAUACAGAGUGUUUACAUGAGGCUAAUUACCAAUACAACCCAGAAAAAAUAAAUGGCUUAAUGUAUUGUCUUGAAUUCCUGAUUUUUGAGUUUGUUUCAAUGGGCUGAAGGUUCAUAGUCCAUAGUGUAUAGACCAACCGCUGAAAUGAGUCCUCGCCUGCGCGGUACGGGGGCGACGGGGUAGGAC